AUGUUUCCAACAAUAUUCAUAGCAAUUUUCGGUCUAAUAAUCGGCGUGUAUUUCCUCAAAGGGCGUAAUCCACGUUCCUCUUUGCCUCUACCACCGGGCCCGAAGCCAUUGCCCAUCAUUGGCAAUAUCCAUCAAGCUCCCACAUCCCACGCCUGGAUAACAUAUCAAAAAUGGAGCAAACAGCAUGGACCCAUCGUUCAUGUCAAUAUGCUUGGACAGCCGGUCGUUAUUUUGAACACCUCCCAAGUAGCCCAUGAUCUCCUCGCGAAGCGUGGGGCCACAUUUUCGGACCGGCCUCAUCUUUUUUUGGCAAAUGACUUAGCUCUGAAAGGGCUCAAUAUCCUUAUGAUGAAUUAUACAGACCAAUUUCGAAGACACCAAACGCUCGAGGUCUCGGUGUUGAAUGCGACGCCGGCAGCCGCCUAUCUCCCUUUACAAACCCUUGAAUCGCAGCAGUUGAUGCAAGAUCUUCUGAUAAAUGCCGGUGAUGCUGGUACUGAUGUGAGAUGUCACUUUCAACGAGCAGUCGCAAGUAUCAUGCAUAUGCUGCUAUAUGGCUUCCGUGUCAAAGACUGCAACGACCCGGUUCUUCAGGUCGCUGUUAAACUCAACGAGGAGUUUUCAGAAUUUAUUCAAGUCGGCGCAAGUAUUGUUGAUCAGUUCCCCGUCCUCAAUAAUUUGCCCGGCUUCUUAGCCCCAUGGAAAGCAAAGGCGGAAAAUCACUACACGACCAAGGUUAAUCUGCAAGGCGAGAACUUCCGGCAGGCCCUGUCCUCGAGCGGAUGGAAUAUCGCAAAGUACCUGAAAAAGAGCAUCGAGAAAGACAGUCUCAAGAUGCCUUUGAACGAGCUUGAAUUUGAACUUGGCACUAUCAUCGACGCCGCACUGGACGGAACUACGGAUAGCCUUAUGUGGUUUCUGGUAGCUUGCAUCACACAAGAUCAGGGGUUUAUCUCCAAUGCACGGAAAGAACUGGAUACGUUUGUCGGACGUGCCAGACUUCCAGUCCCAGAUGACAAGCCCAACCUUCCUUACGUCACCGCCAUCGUCGAAGAAAUAUUUCGCUGGCGGCCCGCUGGGCCCGAGGGGGUUCCUCACAAGAACAAGGAAGAGACUACCUACAAAGGAUAUAAAAUUCCCAAGGGCUCCGUCAUUGUGCCCAAUGUUUGGACCAUUUCUCGAGAAGAGACCUUAUUCGGACCAGAUCCUGAGGAUUUUGUACCAGAUCGCUGGCUCGACGACGGGGAUAAACAGACACUCAAGGCUCUACCCCCGGCUGCCUUUGGCUAUGGUAGACGAAUUUGCCCUGGACGGUAUUUUGCCCGCAACAUUAUUUGGAUCGUUGUCGCUCAGUUGCUUUGGUCAUUCGAAAUCAAGGCCGGAAUAUCCGAAGAGACCGGUGAGCCUACUGUCGUUGACCCGAUUGCAUGUACCUACGGCCUAGUUAUGCGAUCGCUGCCUUUUAAAGCUUCGUUCUAUCCCCGUGGACCUUGGGUGCGAGAAGUGAUCUCCAGAGACGGUGACACAUAUAGUCAGGAUCAUGCGAUUAUUCUCAAUCAGAUCGGAGCGGAGAUUUCUAAGCUAUAA